AUGAGUUCGCAUGUAACUAAUAAUAAUUUCUAGCACCUCUUAAAAAAUGAUUCUUAAAGAAGGAUUAAGACUCUCAAUUCAAUCAAUGAUUCAAAUUCGACUAAAAUUAAGAAAGUUAUAAUUCCAAAAAAUAUUUGCCUUGACAAGGAGACAUUAUAUGAACAACUUUAUCAUGAAAAGCUUAGAUCAAAAAAAUUAUCAAUUGAGAAUCAAUCAUUAAUAGGAGCACUUACUUAACUCGAAAGUAAUAUUAGUGUUAUGAGUUCAAAUGAUUAAAGAAAGAUGCUCUCAUAAAGUUUUCUAAAAAUAAAGUAACAGGAUUAAGAAAUUCAAACACUCAAGGAAAGUAUUCAAUAUAAAGUGCAAGUAGAACUGAAAAGAUAAAUCUAAGAUUUGUAAACUUAGCUGCUCAAAUAUUAAUAAUCCUCUAAGUUUGAAGGAGACUAAAUUGAAUUGAUCUAAGAUAAUGUUACUUUAUUACAAAAAUUAGAAUCUCAAAAACGUUAUAUUCUAGACCUAGAGAAAACUAGAUCUGAAUACAUUCUCAUUAAAGCCAAAUUUAAUUAAUUAUAAUCAGUUUUAAAAUUAAAAGAAUAAUAAAUUUAAAGAUUCAGAGAUAGAGAUCCACUGUCAGAAAUGAACCUUUAAAGAAAUCCAACAAAAACUGAAAUUCUAUUGAUGAAUGAACUUAAUGUUAAAAAAGACGAAAUCUAACUUUUAACAUAUAAGUUGGAUCAAAGUCAAACAAUAAUUUAAGAAACUUAAAAUGCUUUAUCCCAAUUAAAUCAAGAAUCAAUACACAAAAUAUCAUUAUUAGAAAAUGAAAAAAGGAUUUUAUUUGAAAGAUUAGAUAGACUAUAAUUAGAUUAUAAUACCAUAUUGGAUAAGCAAAAAUAAAUGGAUAAGUAAAUAUAACAUAAAAUCUAUUAGGUAUUUGUCUUAAUUUUAGAAAAAAAAAAUACAAACAUCCCCUUUUAUUUAUGGUGAGGAUUCACUUUUUCAAUCCACAACAUAACUCCCGCUCUCUCCAACAGCAACUCCUAAUGAUCAAUUAAUUGUUAAAUAAGUUAGGAAAUCACAAAUCGAACAAACAGUACUGGAACUAAAAUUAACUUUGAGAAAAAACAGAGUCUCUUUAGAAGAUGCCGAAAAUGUAUCAUAAAUUUAUAGUUUUUAGAUCUUAUUUUCUAAUGACAGUGAAAUAUCUAUUAAUGAAAUUGAAAAAAAGCUCAAAGAAGAUCCUUUUAAUAUUAAAAACAGUAAUUUAUUAGCUAGAUACCUAGUUGAGGAUUAUUCUGAAAAGUAUGUAAUAUUUAUAAAUGAAAUAGAGAAUUCGUAUAUGAGCCUGAUUUAAAGGCUCCUUAAGCCUAAGUUAGGAGCAUUUUAAAAAAUUUGUUACAAAAUUAUAAAUUAAUUUUCGAUGACUAAGUAAUUGAAACUGUUAAAACUUUCAUAAAGCAUCAAUUAUAGGGAUAUUGCUAAAAGAAAUCCCUGUCUGUAAUAAAUUAGGAGGGCAUUCUUGAAUGUAUGUAAUUCUCUGAGGUAAAAUGGAAUGGGCAACAUUCUGAUUAUCUUCAACAAGAGUAUUAUAAUAAGUAUUGUAAAUUUUAAGAGUAUGAAAUUAACAAUUUGUAAAAAUUGUUUGAAGAUUAAUAAUGA